AUGUUAGGAGACACAGCAUCGAUCCAACAACGGGUCAGCCUACUGGCGCUCUACCUGAUCCUGCUUCUACUGCUUCCCUCAACGUCUGCUGUUCCCGCACCGUCUAACCUGACCCGUUCUUCAUUUCAGCUGAUCGGCGACACGAAGCAGACGGUGCAGGACCUGAUCUCGCACGUGCUGCUUGAGUUUCACGUGCAGGAGCCCGUGCUGCGGCUGGGCGACUCCCUGGCGGAGGCGGACCCAGACGCCGAGGCGGCCCUUCUCGAGGGAGAGACUCUGAUCGUGGAGGAGGGUCGGGUGCAGCACCACCCGCGCGCCGAGGGGGACGCCCGGUACCGUCUCACCGAGACGCUGCUGGCUGCCGAGCGGCGCUAUCUCACCUCAGUGAGAGCCGUGGAGCAGAUCUACGGCACCCCGCUGCGAAAACUGAGCUCCAUCAGUGCCGAGGAGCACCGGCAGCUUUUCACCGGCAUACAGCCCGUCUGCUCCGUCAGCGCCAUGCUCGUCAACAAGCUCGAGUGCGCCCUGGCAGCCUGGGAUAAGGAGGAAACUAGAGUCGGUGGUCUGUUUUCCAAACAGCUCUUGACUCAGUAUGAAGACUACAAGGAGUUCUACUCUCGGGCCAGAGAGCUUCUCCGUGAGAAGCAGACAACGGACGAGGAGUUUGUUGAGUUCUGCAAGCUGCGGAGAGGCGCCGCCAAACACACGCUCGAUACUCUGCUCAGCUUACCGACUGGUGUGUCUGAGCUCGGAGACACGUUCCCGUGGGAGCUGGCCGGUCAUGACCGGACGGAAGACGCGCCAGACUCCGCGGCGGCGGCUGCAUCGUAG